AUGCUCCCGGUCGCCGCUGGCCACUCGGAGUCGGAUGUCUACAAGACGCUGGAGAGUCUCGAACUCACGAUUGGCAACCACCCCGACUAUCCCUUCUUCAAGCUCGACGCGCUGGUGCGGCCGUGCAUGCUCGAGAAGGUCCUCGGCGCCCUCGUCGAGGAGGGCAUCCAGGGCGUGACGGUGUCGGACGUGGUCGGCAUGGGCGUCCAGCGCGGGUCGAUCGAGCGCUACCGCGGCUCGGAGUUCGGCAUUUCCAAGCUGGUCCAGAAGUCCCGCAUCGAGGUCGUGUGCUCGCGGGACCAGGUCAACGACGCGGCGCGCGUCAUCGCCGUGAGCGCGCACACGGGCGAGAUUGGCGACGGGAAGAUCUUUGUGUCGCCCGUGGCCGACAUGGUGCGCAUCCGCACGGGGCAGACGGGGCACGACGCGGAGCGGAUGACGGGCGGGCGCAGCGAGCGCAUCGCGGAGGCCGCGCUCAAGGCGCAGGCCGAGGAGAACCUCGAGCGCGCCAAGGAGAACAAGGCCAUGAUUGACUUCUGA